UUUGGAGGAUGUUAACUCACAAGGAAAAGUCUUUAAUCAUCACAUUUAUAUUGCGCCUUUCAAGACACUUUACAGAUCAUUAUUCAUUCACUCCACACUCAGUGGUGUAAACUACUACUGUAGCCACAGCUGCCCUGGGACAGACUGAUGGCAAAUCCAGCUGUUGUGGCUUAAUUUGAACAGAAUCUUUCUUUGACUCCAGUGGAGUUUCUUUUUCCUCCUCAAUUGGUUCUUUUGGUAGAGAUUUUGACUGGUUGAUUACAUCCUCACAAACGGCGGCUUGUUCCUCAAAUUUUUCAGUUUUGGAAUAAUCAGUGGUAAAGAUUUUUUCCACACUUGUUGUAAUUUCCUGUGCUGCUACUUUAACAAGAUCAGUAAAAGAUGACUGUGACUGAACCUCUUUGGCCUUCAACUCUAGACUUCUUGGAUCCUUUUUGGAGAGUUCAGUCUCACUCUCUGUCAGCUCCUGUGGCUCAGCUGAAAUUCAAAGGAGCAAACUCAACCUCAGUCAGAAACUGUAUCAGUGCCAACAGAGAAGGUCCAAGAAACUGAAAAAGACAAAGAAACUCCACUGGAAACGUCCAAAGACUGUUCAGAUUGAGCUCACACACACUACACUGUCUUACUAGCCAAUGUGGGUGAAGUGUCUUGCCUAAGGACACAACAACACUUUUUACACUGGUACCUCACCUGGUGUUCCCAGUGGUCUCCCCAGGCCUGACCUCAGUUAGCUUCUGAGAUGUGACGAUCUCAGGCUCUGACAGUACAACUGCAAACAUGCUCUGCUUUAAUUACAUGUUUUCCCAAACUUAAGAAUUGCUUUACAUUGUUACAUAUCAUGACUAGACACAGACACAUCUCCAAAUCCAAGGCCAUGGUUUCCUUUUUAAAAAUAGGGAAGAAUUGGAGGAGCUGAUCGAGAGGAGCAGCUGAGGCUCAGGCAUCUGUCCCGCUGGGAGGAGGCCCCGGGGAAGAUCCAACAGGGACUAUCAGGGCAUCUGACAUGAGUCUGAACUCUCUCCUCCUCCUCUCCUCUGCCUCUCACAGGUGCAGCAGAUGGAGCAGGAGGUGCACAGACUUCAAGCCAAGUCGAAGCGCUCAGUGGAAGAGAGCGACCGAUUAAAGAGGCUGAGUUUGGAGUUCGAGUUUCAGAAGCGACUGAAUGAGAUGGAGGAGAGAGAAAGAGAGAUAGAGGAUGGGCAGAGAGAAAGAGAGGAGGAGGAGAAGGAGGGAGAGAGGGAGGACCUAGACAUCAUGAGGACCAUACAAGAGCUGGAGCCAAGGACCCGGGUCAAGAGAAACACAGGAAAUCCAACUUGUGCCCAAAAGGAAAAACAAACGAAAUUGAAAUUGUCGUGGAAAGAUGAUCAAGGAAGAACUGAUGAAAAACACAACGGAAAAGAUGCAAACAACAAAGCAGCCAAUCAAAUUUCAGAGGAGAAAGUGAAACCUCUGGCUCCUGAACAGCUGACGUUUAGAGAGCGACAGCAGCUGUUCUCUUUGGCCUCCAGUGCAUAAACAGAC